UGCCAUAGUGUUUUGCCUCAAACUCAUAGUGUAUUUUUGUGUUUUGUUUUGUUCUUUGUUAAACUUUAGUAAUUCUGCACUUGCAUCCGUCUCCACCUUCAAUUUGGAGCAUUUUACAGUUUUUUGAAAGGAAGGGAGUGGGACUCCUGUCUUCCUGAAUGGCAGGGAGAUUUGUAAGAUGAUGCAACUCCAAUGCAGAAAUUCUUACAUAUGUCAAAUGUUUUAAUGAUUUUACUAAAUGUCACCUGAAAUUCAUGUGUAAUUGUUUAUUUUGUGAGCAUUUUAGCAGAAUUUUAGAAAAAAAAAAAAGUAUAAACAACACAUCUCUGUGCUAUUUUUGUGUUAUUUUUUUUUAACACAUCUUUGUGUGGAAAUACUUUAACACCCAGCAUGCAUAGACGCAAAUUUACAAGGGUAAAUAAAGAACCGCUUGUUUGAACAAGUACAGCAUCUUCUUUACUCUUUACUUUAAAAACUGUCCAUAAAAGGUAAUAUUUUAUGUAUUUGAGGUCUGAGGUGUGGGAACAGUGAAGAGAGAGAGGGCAGACAGUUUACAGUUUAGCUUAGCAUUUCUGUCUAAUCGGCCAAUAUUGUGUUAAACAGCCUGUGCGUAGCACUUAAUUUUUUAUAACAUGAGAUUUUGGUCGAAUGUUUUCAAUCUUGAUUUUGGUAAAAUGUUGCAAUAAUAUGUUAAAGCAAUGUUUUUUUGUUUUGUUUUGUUUUGUUUUUUUUUCGUUUUGUGAAAAGUGACUGAAAGGAAAUUCUCUUGUAUCAUGUACUCUCUUAUAUUAUGAACUGUAUUAAGACACCUUGGAUACGGAGAAUACUGGGUUAUAGCUUCUGUUUGUAUGUCUCUGUGCUAUCAAAUACCUAUGAUGAAUGUAUAUAUUUAAUUACCUCUUUGAAUAAGCUGAUCAACUGCCAUCCUUGAAUAUAUCUGAAACAUGUAGACUUAUUUUGUAGUAUGACCCUGUGCGCUGUGUGUUUUGUGUAUCUGUCUGGCCCCUGACCUAGUAGAAACCGUCUACGCACUGCUCUUAUCAAUGUGUAUAAAUACUUCUGCUCAGCAUGAAUAAAGUGGGAUGUCUGUGUGAGCACGCAUGAAGUCAGUGUGUGCUCAUUUUAGACUCCCCAGGCCUGAACGCUCCAUGGUAAACCAAACUUUCUAGCUCAUAGCAGCACAGAAUUAAGAGUAAAGUUAACAGAAGUAAUUGUAGAACAGGCUAAAAAGGCUGAUGGAGGUCUGGAAGACAUAAGAUGAGAUUUGGAGAUUUCUAACAAUUUGGUGUCAAGAAGUGCGAUUAUUCCGGGCCUGGAGAUCUCAUCCAUGAAGGGACACAGGACAAAAUUUGUGGUCAUCUUUAUUAUGUUGGCACUAUCAGGGUUUAUAUUGCUUAUCUUCAACAUCAUAUCUCUGGAGAAUUUGAGAGGGCAGGUCAUUUUCACCAUCAGCCAAAUCCAGAAGAGCAUCCAUUCAGUCUUUCAGCCCACUGAAAUCUUGUUGCCACUGGAGGUAAACCACACAUACUGUGCACACCUUGGCCAGGAGCCCACAGCAGAAGAGGCCAUAGAAGAGAGAUCUCUGCUCAAUUCCAUUGCAUGGCCUGGUCCCUUGGUGCAAGGUCUCCCUGUGGAGUUCAGCAGCGACCCUACCAAGAGUUACUUUGUGAUUCAGGGCCCAGCAGAGCAACGUGUAGGUGGUCAGCUUGUGGUUGAAGUCCAUGUGCAGAACUUCCUAGGUCUGCCUAAGAAGCAUGGUGGAGAUUUCCUGAUAGCCCGGCUGCAUUCACCCCAGCUUGACGCUGGGGUUGCAGGGAAGGUGCAUGACCACAAAGAUGGGAACUAUACAGUGCUGUUCCCACUGCUGUGGGCUGGUGUAGUGCAAGUGGAAAUCACAAUGGUGCACCCCAGUGAGGCAGUCGUGGUGCUCAAGAGAUUUCAGAAAGAACAACCUGACCGAGUGUUUUUUAAAAGCCAGUUCCGCUCUGGUGCCCUCUCAGACUCCACUGAGUGCAAUGUGUGCCUGCCGUUCAACCAAAAGCCAUUCUGCAACUACACUGACCCUUUAACUGGAGAGCCCUGGUACUGCUACAAACCCCAAAUUCUAGGCUGUGAAACACGAAUACAACAUUAUAUAGGGGGAUAUAGGACCAACGGCAUUACGAAAUAUGAUGAAAUGCUCUUCCAGAGGGGUGUAAAUCUCAAAGUUCGUAUACCUGCAUCAGUGACGGACAAAGUGACUGUAUUACCUGAAGAACCAGGACAAAUUAAAUUAAAUUACACUGCUGCUGGAUAUUACUAUCAUGAUACCUGGAGGCCUUUGAAUGGUGCAGUAAUGCGCGAGUUUCCUGAUUCAGCAGCCAUAACACAGUGUCUUAGAGGGAAGACUCUAUACAUGUUUGGAGAUUCCACUGUGCGGCAGUGGUUUGAGUACCUCACUGCAUUUGUUCCUGAGUUCAACAUUCACAGCCCUAAAAGAGUGGGGCCAUUCAUGGCUGUGGACAGCAGAAACAACAUACUGAUGCACUUCCGUCUUCAUGGACCACCCAUCCGCUGCAACCCUGUUUUCACUUCAAAGCUGUGGUACGUAGCGAAUGAGCUGGACAGGAUCCAGGGUGGGCCAGAUACAGUGGUUUUCGUGAGUGUGUGGGCUCACUUUAACACCUUACCUAUUGAGAUGUAUAUACGCCGCCUCAGGCACAUCCGGAAAGCAUUGGUUCGUCUGCUGAACCGUGAGCCUGACACUUUGGUGGUGAUUCGUACUCCCAACCUGCACAGUAUAAUCCCAAAUAAAAGUCUGUACGGCAGUGAAUGGUACUAUCUACAGAUUGAUGCUGUGCUGCGUGCCAUGUUCCGAGGACUCAAUGUGCAGCUGCUGGAUGCCUGGGAGAUGACGCUGGCCCACCACCUCCCACAUGACAUGCACCCACCUCCCACCAUCAUCAAAAAUGCUAUGAACUUGAUCCUCUCCCACAUCUGUGCAGAUGGGAAAAAUAGUUAAUAAAAAGGCUAACAUUUUCCAAUUGUAAUGAUAAAGUAGGUGGAGGUCUAGGGAUAAAUCAGUUGACACUCUUGAGAAAGAAAAAAAUCUUGCUUUAGAGAUGCUUCACACAUCAGUGAUUAAAUUUGAUUGAAUCUA